GACUCUGAGGCAGUUGCAGACUUUGAAAACUCUUAACACAAUGAAAAUAUUAUUGACUGUCUUCUUAUGUGGGCUUGCCCUCUGCUAUGCUGGCGAUGAUACACUAGUGACCUGUUUGGUAGGCGCAUUUGAGAUGUCACCGCCUCUUGCUGAUUCUGCGAUUAAUCUUUUUUGUCUCUACGGAGAAAGUCCUGAAAAGGAUCGGGACUUACUUAAUGGUCUCAAUGAUGCUUGGAUACCAGUUGUGAAGCAGCUUGGUUGUGGUGUUAAUUCAAUUGCAAAUAUAAAUGCGGAUUCAACUCUUGAAGAAAUUACUAAAGAGGCUGUACGUGUUGUUGACUUAGUUCUCCGUGUUUUUGAUGGAAUAGGAAUUGGGAAACCUGUUCUAGAUGCGUUAUGUCAUUCUCUCGAAGGUCUCUUAACGUCCGACUGUCUCAAGGAUCUUGCGGGUAAAAAUAUUCCAGAUGCUCUUACAAAUUUAUUUUGCAAGCUAUCAGAUCCGGAUUCCACUAUGGAUGAUGUCAUUGAAGUUAUGAAAAACUUGGAAUGCACAGUAGAGGAUACUUUGGAGCUUGAGACAGCUUUGAGAUCUCUCACAGAUUCAGCUGCGAAAAUUGUAACAGAUGCAUUUAAGAGUGAACUGUUGGAUAUUGUUAAAGCCGAUCUAGGAAACAUCGAUCUACCAUUAUGCGACGUGCCUUUAAUUGGAUAACAAUACAAGACAAUUUAAAAGACACCCGACUUAAAAUCUUGCAGAAGUCUUUGGAAGCAUAUAAAUGCAAUAUAUAUGCUGUUUGAUUAAAUUUCCCUGUGAUUCCAAUGAUUCAAAUAUGUUGAUUUCUCUUCUUUCAGCUAGACUGAAAUGUCAGAUUAAUCCAAUGAAAAGGAAAACUAAUCUUCUUUAAUUAUGUCUAAUAAACAUAUUUUGUGCAAACUGAAAUAA